GUACCUCCAUACUUAGCUAGAAUAUGGUGUGGGUAUUUGUGAAACUCGACUUUCCUUCUUCGCCUUCGCUCAGUUCCAGGCUGCGAUCCUUAGCCGUCGCAGAAGCUUGAUAUUUGAUCAAUUCCGUGUACUCACUUUGGAUGUUCGACUGAUCUUGGUUCUCUUUUCAGCUUCACACCUCACGCUCACUCGUUCAGUCCAAUGUGAAAGCAUUGUGGAGCUUGGACAAGAUGUUGGACAUGAUGCACGAAAAAAGACAGCUGGGCGGUGUUUUGGGAGCUGCCCACAGCACUUCGACGAUUGUUGUGAACGCUGUGUUUCUGGGACUCGCAUGGUUCGCGGUUCUUCUGCGCGUGUACACGCGUGUUAGACUGGUCCGAGUCUUCUAUAUGGAGGAUUGGCUCAUGGUUUUAUCAUGCAUGUUCUUCACUGUCUACUGUGCUGCAGUCAUUAGGCAAUCGCAGGUCGUAGCCGUCGGAGCAGGCAAGCUACUCACAAUCAAUCAGACCAUGGACGCAACUGAGCUCCUCAUUAUUUCUGAGACCUUCUACAUCUGGUGUGUCUUGGUUCUUAAAUUGUCCGUCGGUCUGUUCUACCUGCGGCUCUCCGUAGAACGCUGGCAAAAACUCGUGGUUUAUUUCCUGAUGGCCAUUUCCACCUCCUUCAGCAUCGGACUCUUCUUCUUUGAGGUCUUUCAGUGCGGCUAUUUCACGAGUAUGCUUGAGUUCGUCCUCAAAAAGGCCGCGGACGAAUGCGUGUCAGGUUAUACGAUCGAAGCCAUGACAUACACCCAUGCGGCAAUCACGGCAUUUACAGACUGGGUCUUCGUUAUUUUACCUUUCUUCAUUUUGAAGAGUUCUAAAAUGCAGACCAAGGAGAAGAUCGUCGUUGGGUCACUAAUGGCCUUCGCCUCCGUCAGUGGUAUUGCGGCAGUCAUUCGCUUCAAGUACGUUCCGGGCAUUGCUGUCACACAAGAAACCUUCUUCUCGAGCGUUACCGACAUUGCAAUUUGGUCCUGCAUCGAACCUGGCAUUGGUAUAACUGCAGGUAGCUUCAUCUGUUUGCGACCCUUGUUCAGGAAACCAUUGCAAGCUGCCUCUCGCGCCAUCGGUUAUAUGUCUAGCGGCUCGCAGAAGCGAAACGGCUAUGUUCACGAACUCACCUCAACGAGCACCUCGCACCUUCGAGAGCCAGUCGCGUACCAGAAGCGGGACUCACGCGACUUGGAAACCGCUUUUGAUGCUGACAAUACUCCUCCAAACUGGCCCUUUCCAGCUACCACAGCGUCAAAUGACAUGAACCACAGCGAGAGACAAUUACGACAAGUACUUGAUACUCGUCAAGUUAGACGCAAGAGCUCCCUUGGAUUCCCAAUUGGAGGUUAUAGCUCCAAUAAAACAACACCUGACCGAAUUCGCGAAGCCUGGAUCGAUGAUUCUGACUCCCGAUGACACAUUUCAUAUAGUGUCAUACGUUGGAUAGUUUUUGGGGUCCGAGACUAUAGAACGAGACUUUGUUCACUUAGUCUGGUGCUUCAACGGCCCCCCGCAGAAGUGCUGGCCACUUCUUCAGGAGCACCACGGAGCCUAAUCUGUGACAUACAGACAUGCUCAAGUGUUUUUAACGUAUGCACAUCUAUCUCAUGAUUUCUAGACUAAUGAACAACGGACCGCGAUAUUCGGAGACACUUCUCAGGCCCUUUGCCUAUCUUGAGGACAAGGCGUAACAGAGAACUGGUUUGGCAGAAUUUAGGAAUGAUUCAAUCAGGACUCGACUACAAGUGAAUGGGCUGGUACUCGCCGUGGCCCGCCGGACUUGGUUGAAACAAGUGCACACAAAAUAUCUUUGUUGUUGAUGUGCAGAAUGGGUGCUGAAACCAGCAACAUAUGUACGGAGCCACGCAUGUGAUAUACCUCACUGUACAACCACCUUGUUAUCACACAUCAAAUCCGCGAAGAGAUGAGCAACUCCAAAUCGCGGGUGAAUAAAAUGUACCAUGGAAUUACACAAAAGCGAAAGUAUCACUCAUCAGUUGAGCGGCCGCCUCCGAAUAGGUUCUCGUAAAGAUCAAACUUCAAAUAUAAUGUAAAUUUA